AUUUAUUCAAGAUGGCUGCGUCCAUGAGGCAAAUGUUGUCGCGACUCUCUACCGCAAAAGAGGGGUUGAAGGUUCCAGGACGUCUUAAAACGGGUCUUCCCAAAAAGAUAGGUGAUUAUCUGAGCAACAUGUACCGUGAUUACCGAGCUGCUACCGUAGAUGUAUUCACCGACAUGAAGGAACGUCCUUUCAAGGCAGCGUUUUACAUUGCCACUUUGAGUGCCAUCGGGUACAUGUGGAGUCAGGCACCGGACGAGGAGAACUUUGAGAUAGAACUAGUCAAUGCCAGCAACGACCUUCUCUUGCUGAGCAAUCUUACCAGGAACCAAAGCUCGGAUGGUCAUGUCCAAAAACUUACAGCUCUGCAGAACGCGGGUGUACUGCGAUUCAUGAACCUUGGCGUGUGCUCUUUAAUCUGGGAAGAUAACUUUGACAAGCGGGUGGCGAUGUAUGAUGCAAAAUGUGACUAUCUUGCCGUGUCUUGGAGGGAACUACCUGACAGGAUAAGAGACGUGGGUUUCCUUGGACGUUGGCAUUACUUAUCAAAGGCGAUGACGGACUAUGAUAUAAAUGAAUUUGAAUUUCAAAACGCACCAUCUGGAUAGCCAAGGAACCAAUAAUCGCACAGAAACUGCACAGCAAUAGUAUCAUGAAAUACUCUAUUCAUGAAGAAAUAAUCAUUGUAAUAAGGAUUGAUUUAUUAAGCACAUGAUAGGAGAAGUCUCUCUAUGCGAUUUGCAGUGUAAGAUAUAUAAUAUUUACAUACUAUGAACCAAAGUGAUUUUAAGAAUUGUUUAUAUUGGGCCUGUACAGGUUUUUGAAUAUCCAUGAAUACAUAUACAUGUACCUAUUUGUUAAAAUUAUCUUAUAAUUAUUACCAGGGAACAAUUUUGCUUUACAAAUUUGAAUAGCAUGUUUGUCAUAAGAGAAAAGCUCUCAAAUAAGUAUUAUGUACAGUCCUUUGUAAAAAUAUGCUAUACAAAAGACUUAACGCAUUGUAGUCUUUCAAAAAUGUGGAGCAAAUUGCGAUGUGGUACUAGGAAAGUUAUUCCCAGAUUACUAUAUAAUUCUACCAGGAUAUACCGUUUUGAGGGGCCGUCUAAAACAGUUUGUCUAAUCUCUUGAGAUUCACAGAGCUACCAAGUCUCACACAUUAUGCGUGAGACUCAAGCAUUUUGGACUCUUGUUCAUCCCCUCAAAUCUCUG